CAGAAGCGGUUUGACCAAAAUGAAAACCCCCACGAAGCGAAAAUCGAGCGUCAAAGUUGGUGCAUUGUUUGAAGAGUACUGUUCCGAAAGUUCGGUCCAUGGUGUGCGGUUUUUUGUGGGCAACCAGAGAGGUGCCUGUGUAAAACUAAUCUGGGUGAGCGUUUUCAUUCUUUCGCUUGCCGGGUGUGGCAUGAUGAUUCAACAGGCGUACAAUAAAUGGGACCGAACGCCCGUCAUCGUGACACUGUCGGAGGUGCCCACGCCGGUGUGGGAUAUGGACUUCCCUGCGAUUACAAUCUGCCCGGAGAUAAAGGUGCUAAAUACAAAGUACAACUUUACGCAAGAAUUUGAAGCCCUCCAGAGUCAGUGGUAUCAGGGAAAGGGAACCACCAAUCGAACGAUCACCAUUACUGAUGAAAGCAUUGGAAAAAUGAAAGCCAUCAUGCAUCACUGCUCGGGUAUUUACAAGUACGAGGAAAACUUUAUGUUUAACUUCAACCACGUGCCCGAACCCAACCUGGUCGACUUUCUGAAGGACGUUGCGCUCGACCGGCGGGGCGUAUUUACCAUGUGCAGCUCGACCAGUGACGCUCGCUGCAACGACUACAUGCAGGUGACACUUACGAACGAAGGCAUCUGCUACUCGUUCAAUAUGAUCUCGCAGGCGGAAAUGUUUCACCCGGACGUGCUGCAGGACGAGUACCAAUAUCUGGAACCCUGGGACACGGACAGCGCGACGGCGGCGCGGGGCGAGCUUCUAAAAGUUGCCGGUUCCGGGUUGGAUGCCUCGAUCGGCUUCAACAUAAUCCAUUAUCCACUCAAAAUUGAUACCUCUUGUGUGCGUGGCCGUGGCUACCGGGUACUUAUACACGAGCCCACCGUCUAUCCGGACCUUUCUAAGCGCAACAUACGGCUGUCGCUAUCGCAGACGCUUACCGUCGCGCUCAAGCCCAACAUCAUGAUGACUUCGCCGGAGCUUUCGAAGUACAGUGCCCAGAAGCGCCAGUGUUACUUCGGACACGAGCAUCCGCUGCGCUUCUUCCGACGGUACAACCAGGACAACUGUGAGCUCGAGUGCCUGACAAAUUACACGCUGGCUCGGUGCGGUUGCGUCCACUUCUCGAUGCCCCGGACGAACGGGACGCUUGUGUGCCGGUUUGAGGAGGAGCACUGUCCGUACGAUGCACGUGGGGCACUAUUUAUACGCAAACAGAAUCGCACCGGUACGGAUGAUUACCUGCUGCGGUGCGAUUGUUUGCCGGCCUGCUCGUCCGUACGGUUCGAUCUGCAGAUUACUCAAGACUCGCACACGGAAGAGCGUGAAGUGCGGACACGGUUUGAGACGUUGGAAGAGCUGCAGGCAAGGUUACAGAUUCCAGUAUAUUCAGUGCUCCAGGUUUACUUUCAAGACACUCAUUUCAUACCGGCCCAACGAUCCGAGCUGCAUGGGCUGGUGGACUUUCUGGCGAAUUGUGGUGGACUGUUGGGGCUGUUCAUCGGCGUAAGCCUAUUGAGCAUAGUGGAAGCAAUAUACUACAUCACCAUUCGUCCUUUAUCAUUACGAAAGCAAAAACUGAAUGAUAAAGAACAAAAAGAGCUUUGCUAAUGG